UCACCAUUAUAUAGCCUCUCCCGGGGACCGACAAGCAACCAGAUUACACAAGUUUGCUGUGUUUUCACUCCAACUCUAAAAAUACAGUGCAUCUUAUUCACGGUUGCUUAUCCUGGUAUUUGACUUCUUAUUAUAGGCUACUGGAUUUGAAGAUGUGGUUGUGGAUUUUAACUGGCCUUAACUUCAUCAUGAACAUUGAUGGUUAUUCAGGUGGAGCCGUCCCAGCGGUAUGUGGAUCGAUGGAGCCUAAGCAUGGGUCCUUUAAGCCUAAGGAAACGACCCCCCCUUUUAAUAUUUAUUACCAAGGGGGCAAUGGAGCUUUUACAGUUUCUCUCCAGGGCAACGACUCCAAUGCGUUUGUAGGAUUUAUGUUGGCGGCUCUAGAUGAUGGAGGCCAUCAUGUAGGACAUUUUACUCCAAUUGAUUCGGAAGUUACUCAACUCCUGAAUUGCGGUGGUUUAGCAGCCUCAGCUGUCUCUCACAAAAACAAUCAGGAAAAGAGGUCAUUCAGAGUUCACUGGAUAGCGCCGGAAACAAGGCUAAGCAAAGAUAUCACUUUCAGAGCAACAGUUGUUCAGAAAUUUGGAACAUUCUGGGUGAAUGUGAAUUCAUCUCUGAAAGCCACAGCAACAACAACUAUUCCUACAACUACUGAGCCAAUCACUGAAACAAGCACUAUUCCUACAACUACUGAGCCAAUCACUGAAACAAGCACUAUUCCUACAAAUACUGAGCCAAUCACUGAAACAAGCACUAUUCCUACAAAUACUGAGCCAAUCACUGAAACAAGCACUAUUCCUACAAAUACUGAGCCAAUCACUGAAACAAGCACUAUUCUUACAACUUUUAAGCCUAUUGCAGGUACUACAUGGCAACAGGCUGAUAGGACUAUUCCGGAGCCAUGCUAUACUAUCAAAUGCAAAAAGCCAGUCACUGUGCUCAUGGUAAUCAACAGUCUUUUGGUGGUCAUGAAAAUGGAAAUGUCAAAUAUCAUCACAACCACUGUCAGCAACAGCAUCUUAUCUCGUCGUCUAAACAGGAUGUCGAAUAUCAUUUUCUGUAUGCUUUGUGAGGCGGUGGAAAUAUCCUCAAUGGUCUUGUUAAUUAUGUGCGAGUCCUUACACGUCAAUCUCGUUGCCCUGUUGUCCGUGGUGAUCGUCAUGAAUGUCUUGCUGACAGUACUCGCCACUCUGCCAAUCGGACCGAGUCAUGAGCUAAAGGAGAUGAGUAUCCCUGCUGUCUUAGUGUGUUCUGUCAUCCUCCAGACUUUUACAAUUGCUUUUAUCUAUGACGGUUAUUCGGAGAUCGAGGAAGUGCUGUACACUUACACAGUAUGGAUUUUCCUGUCUGUCAUUUGGGUUUUGGUAUUCACCACUUGGAGAAGUGUCAUUCUGCAGGGCAGAAAGAUAGGGAGUUUAAAAAACAGAACACAACACAGGCAACAAAAGAAAGAGAAGACACUCCAUAAAGUGUUUGUAACUGCAGCCUCAGGUAUCUUCAUCGUUAUAGCCAGUGCUUUGGCUAUAGCUAGCAUUGUCUGGAUACUGUGGCACUGAGGAAAAGUAGGCAUUUAUGUCGCGAUAAGCUGGUUUGUAUGUUAAUUCCAGUUGCUUUUUGAAUUGAGGUGGUCUGACAUCAUUACCAGUAUCGUUAUUUGCCUCCAAAUAUGCUUUAAAUGCAGUAUUUGGUAUAUACAAGAAUACCAGUCAAUGCACCAAUCUGAUACCACAAUUUUAAACACCCCUAAAAAAUAUCCACUUGUAAUUAUUAUGUGACAAUGGCAAAC